CCGGCGCCCACCCCUAGCGCCGGCCGCAAGGUCCGGGCUCCCGGGGCUGAGGUGGAGCGGGAGGAAGCCGGUCUGCUGCGGCGCAACCUCCUCUUCCCUGCGCGCGCGCCUGGCGUCGGCGUGGUGGCCGGAGGAAGCUGGGAGACAUUCUGUAAAUAUCCAGAACAUGCUCUUGAGGAGCUUUUGCUGAUUUAAUGUUUGUGAAGGUCUCCUCUCAUGCUAGACACAUACUAAUUCAAGGAAGACAGGAAAUUUUGAGAGAAUUUAAUGAAAAACCCAUGCUUGAAGACUAAGAAUGGCAGGCUUCCUAGAUAAUUUCCGAUGGCCAGAAUGUGAAUGUAUUGACUGGAGUGAGAGAAGAAAUGCCGUGGCUUCUGUAGUCGCAGGAAUAUUGUUUUUCACAGGUUGGUGGAUCAUGAUUGACGCAGCUGUGGUGUAUCCAAAGCCAGAACAGUUGAACCAUGCUUUUCACACAUGUGGUGUAUUUUCCACAUUGGCUUUCUUCAUGAUAAAUGCUGUGUCCAACGCUCAGGUGAGAGGUGACAGCUAUGAAAGCGGCUGUUUAGGAAGAACAGGUGCUCGAGUUUGGCUCUUCAUUGGUUUCAUGUUGAUGUUUGGGUCACUAAUUGCUUCCAUGUGGAUUCUUUUUGGUGCAUAUGUUACCCAAAAUACUGAUGUUUAUCCGGGACUGGCUGUCUUUUUUCAAAAUGCUCUUAUAUUUUUUAGCACUCUGAUCUACAAAUUUGGAAGAACUGAAGAGCUCUGGACCUGAGAUCACUUCUUAAAUCACAUUUUCCUUUUGUUAUAUCCUAUUUGUAGAUAGGUUUUUAUCUCUUGAUAUAAUUUACACAUUGCCAAAUGGAAUAGAUUGUACAUUAAAUGUUUAGUUUCUUUACAUUUUUAUGCCUGAGUUUUGAAAUAGUUUUCUGAAAUUCCUGUCCUUUUUUUUCAUUGACUAGACUGUUAAUAUGUACAUAAUAUAAGACUGUAUAGAUUGGAUGAUGAGUAUCAGUUUUUUAUUCCCGAGACUUAGAGCUUGAUCUGUUCCCUGAGCCAGGGUUAUGUCAUCAUGUUUAGAGGUAAAUACUCUGUCUCAGUGUCUCCAGUUUCUGAAGAUGUGCAAAAAAAUAUAGCUCCAUGUACAUUGGAGUAAGCAUUGAGCCAUUAAAAAAGGUAUUUCUGCAAGUUGUAAUUUAUUUUGGCUUACAAAUGGGAUUUUUUAAGGGAAAAUGUUUGUUCCUAUAUAUUAAAGAAGUGGACUUUUAUAUGAAGAUUUUUUAAAUGCCCAAAGGACUAGUUUGAAAGUUUCUUUUAAAAAGAAUUCCUUUAAUAUGACUUUAUCUGGGAAAGGAUAGAGGAUAAUCAUAUAAACUCUGUUUGUAUGGUUAAUGUAAAGGCUAUAAGGCAGCUCAGCAUGUUCUUCCUGUAAAAGCAGCUUAAAUGAUCUACCAGGUUAUCUUUUGACAGCCUGUCAUUAUCUGACAUUACAUGGUUCCAUAGCAGGCAAGCUUGAGACAGCUGCAGUUUAGAAGCAUGAACCAUAUUUAAAAAAAAUAAAAUAAAAUAACUAGUUUAAAAAUAAAGCUUCUUCCCAGACGAGAUUUUAUGACCUAGUGAAAAUUUAGGCAUUUCAUCCAUUUAGAGACAGACUGCAAGUCUCUUUUUGUUCUGGCUCUCAAGCUUUGGGUGAACAGUUGCUACAAAAUUUAUCUUCAACUAAAAGUUCACUCUGAUCCAAAACUUCUUUACCGAAUUUGAAAUCCUGUAUUUGCACUGUAUAUUCCUAUGGGCCUUUUGGGACACUUUUGCUUUCCUUUGUUAUAAAGAUUUUAUGUUGCACUUUUCCCCAGAGGGGUUUUAUAGAGCCUUUUGCUGUAAAACAGAAUGGUACAAUGGUAGUAUAUGCAACUUCUAAUACAAGCCUUAUCUUGCAUAACUCCUGUCUCCUCUCUGAGAGGACUUGCUGUGGGCAGCGAAUGAAGCAAUUGCAGAAUGCUGUGCCUUUUGUCUAGAUGCCAUCUUACUUCUUUCUUGUUUCCUAAAACGGCAGUAAGCUUUGUCUUGCUUCCAGAGAAUCAAUCAUAAGACUGAUGACUUGUUCCCAGCCUUAUCACCUGUCGCAAUGCACAUGACUGCUCAUACAUUUAAUAUUGUGUGUUGGAGAAAACGGACCAUAAAGAUUGGUUUGCUGUUCACUUUUACUUAUUUAAGUAUACUGAACAACAAAACAGUUUGUCCUUAUAAAAUAAGGAGAAAUAAUGCCAAGACUGUAAGAUGUUGGUGUAAAGGUUUAUGAAGGGCAUCCCUGAAGACCGACUGAAAGUGGUGGUGUGGUCUUUUCUGUUCUUGACUCUGACAUGAAUUUGCUUUUUAAUUGUGAGCAAGUCAUUUAAUUUCCUGUGUUUAUUUGCUCAUUAAAGAAAAAGAGAGAUAAUGUUAGUAUCCACCUCACAGAGACUGUGAGUUAGUAGGAUCCUUGGUAAUCAUUUAAAGACACAUGUGAUUCCCUUAAUAAAGGUCUCGCUGUUACCCAGGUUCA